AUGCCAACCGCAAUGCCACAAUACUACAAAAGCACCCUCCAACCACUCCAAAUCAAUCAACCCGCCCUCCAGCAGACCCUGAAAGAACUCCAGCGCACAGUAAUCCAGAGCACCAAAGUACUACAAGCUGGUUCACCAGCCCCGGUGAGCCCUUCAGAUCACAGUAGUAUCUAUAGUGGGACAGCAGGCAUCGUAUUGGCAUUCCUCCGACUAGAGCGCCAAAAAGACGUCCUCGGGGAGACGAAACUUCCUGAUUUUGGCAGCCUUGCGAAUGAAAGGAUUAUCCCUGCUGGCGAUGUGAAACUUCCUCCCCCGGGAUACAUGUCACCCGUGGGAUCUUCAUUAGGGCCACUUGUCGUGCGAGUUCUGGCAGCUCUUGAAUAUCCGGGCCAGUCGGCUUCGCAGAAUGACAUCAAACUGUUGAAUACCGCAUUGCAGCGCUCGCUUAGCCAUGGCCAUGUGGUUUCGAGUUCAUCGGGUGAUCAUAUCCGGGGUGUUGAUGAAGUUCUCUAUGGGCGUGCGGGGUUGCUUUGGGCUGUUGUGAAUAUUCGAUAUCAUCGUCGUGCGUUUGAUAAAGAGAUGAAGGCGAAUACGGAACCCCUCUUUGAUGCGCUUCCGAGGCUUGUUGAGGCGAUUAUUGAUGGCGGAAGACGAGGUGCGAGGGAUUAUGUUAAGAACUAUGGGGAAAAGGACGCGUUGCCGUUAAUGUGGGCGUAUAAGGAUAAGAAGUAUUCUCUGGGGGCUGUCCAUGGAAUCGCCGGCAUCAUCACAAUCCUCCUCUCAUGCGAAACCGAAGAAAUAAACCCCUACCUCCCGCUAAUAACAGAAACAAUAACCGGUCUCUGCCGCAUUUCCAUCGCCAAUGAUGGCCAUCUCCCGAGUUCUAUCCCCUCCCGCUCCAGGUCUCGGGGAUCUCUCCUUGUCCAGAUCUGCCACGGAGCACCGGGGCUUUUGAAUCUACUCGCAACAGCCAGGAAGAAUAUCCAUUUACGAACACAUUGGAAGUCUGAAUGGGACGAGGCUAUGCAUCUCGGUGCAGAGAGAGUCUGGCAGGAAGGUCUCCUAUCUAAAGGCGGUAGUCUAUGCCACGGACUUACGGGGAAUGCACUGUCUUUGCUAGCCCUACACGAGUCCUUCGAGCUCGAGUUUGAAUCUGAAGAAGGAAACGAAGAGAGUGACUACUUUCUCUCCAGAGCACUAGCACUAUUACUCCUAGCGCGCGAAACACCGCCAUACAGCACAGCCCUGGAUAUCCCGUCUGGAUAUGACUUCCGCAUGCCGGAUAGACCCUAUAGUCUUUACGAAGGACUAGCCGGGGAGCUGUGCGCUUGGGCUGAGGCUUGUGUGGUGAUACAGGCGAGGCUUUGUAAAGAGGCAGGGCAGACGGAGAACCAGGAGAUUAAGGAAAAGGCAUUGGGGUUUCCGUGUCUGGGAGGGAAUGGGGUGAGAAGGGUUAUGUGA